AUGUUUCGAAUAACAUUUGUUUUUGUUUUGGUGCUUCUCAACAUUAUACUCGGGCGACACGUCGGUAAAGCCGUUCAAUCGCUCGAUGACUUCUUUCCUUUUGGUUCGGAAGUGGGUGAUACAAGAAUGUUACUUAAUGAUGACGGGAGUCUUGGUCCUAUCCCACUACCUUUUAUAUUUCCGUAUUUUGAUAAUAAUCAUCGUCAAAUCUAUCAAGCAAAUAACGGUCUUUUCUCGUUCCUGGGUGGAAUAUCUACUUAUAAUCCAAUCGAAUUUCCUCUAGGCAAUAAUCAACGUUUAAUUACUCCAUUCUGGUCUGAUAUUGAUACACGAGGUACAACGAGCAACUCGUCUGAAAAUGGUGUCUAUCAUCAAAUUCAUAUCAGAAACGCUAUGAAUGCAAAUAAUGUGACAACAGAAGUGCUCAAUAAGGCUGCUCUAUUCGUUCGACAAUAUUUUCCACGAGAGUCGAUAUUUGAACCAUUGAUGGUCAUUACAGGUACAUGGUAUCGAGUCGGAUACUGCUGUACUUAUGUGGAUCGUCUCAAUACUUUUCAAAUGGUAUUAGCCACUGACGAAUCACGUAGCUUUGCAUUCUUUCUCUACAACGAUCUACAAUGGGCCAGUCAAUCUUCCGGUGGACCUUAUGCUCAAGCAGGUUUUAAUGCCGGUGAUGGUAUUGUAGCCAAAAUGCUUAAAUAUUCUCGUACAAGAAAUAUUACACUACUUGUGAACGAAAGUAAUGUCAAUGUUCCUGGACUCUUUGCUUUUCGAGUAGAUACGACGGAUAUUGAGGCAGGUGGAUGUGAUGAACAAGAAAGUCUUAGUCAUUUACCCGUACGUGGUCCUCAGAUCGGUGGUACAGCUAUUAAUUUUCAGGGACCAUGUUUUGAUACUAAUACAACAGAGAUUAUGUGCCGUUUUGGUGAAUUUGGAACUGUCAACGGUUUGAUCUUAAGUGAAUUUCGAGCAACUUGUGUUUCACCGCUUGCAGCAUAUCAUGGUAAAGUUGAAUUAACUGUAUCUUUUGAUGGUGGCAACACUUUCGUCUCUUCGGGGCCAUUUACGUACAUGCCGAUGACAGACGAUGUCCUGAUUAGCGAAGAGAUUAUAUUACGUCAGAAUGGCACUGCGACGCAGUCUGUUAGCUGGAAUGAUACAAUUGAACUUGAAUGGAUAUUUUCUGAAGCAUCAUUAGUCAGAAUUACUUCUGAUACUUUUAUCGAUAUUGAAUACGAAAUAUUGAAACCUGACGAAGAGAAUACACGUCGAAGACAACGAACGUCGAACUCGGAUGCUGAUAUUAAAAUCGAUACGGUGAUUGUCCUUGCCUCAAACAUUCUACCACAAGUUGGUCGACAGACAAUACAAAUUGAUUUGGCACAAAUUGCGCGGAAACAUCCUCGCAUUUUUCCUGUAGUAGGUGUGGCUGUUGGCGCUUUCCGUAUAGGAAUGUUUGUAUCUCGAGAUUCUAAAAUUUAUAGACGAGUGAAAACUGUGAUCAAGACAAUACUAGCACCAGAAAACACAUGUGAUAAUUGGAGUGCUACUGAACCAAAUCCUUCGACAUGGAAUCAAAAUCUUCCACCUUGUCCGAACACUCUCCGGCAAGCUCAAGUAGCACAAGCUCAAUACGUACCUGAUCCUAUGUGUAAAGAUGGAGGACUUAUGCCGUCAUCCAUUCUCCUUAUUGGAAACUGUUGA